UUAGCAUGCACUGCAAAUAGAGUGGUUAUCAUAGAAGAAAAAACUCAACAGCCAUUAUGUACUGUGGCGGUGGGGAGACAUGUUUGGGUAGCAGAUCAGAAAGGCGACAGGAUUGGCAGCUGCUCUUGCUGGGCCGUCUUCAACAAAAUUACAGUUGUGCAAUCAGAGGAUGUGCGAACUAGCUCAUGCCCUCCUUUCAGGGAAAAUAUUUGUGCGACCACAAAUCCUAUGAGAAGUGAUCCUCUUAGCUAUAUAUGGCCAAUGCUUCUAGCAAAGUUGUCGAUUUCAAAGAUCUGCAACAACUUUCAGAAAGUUCUUUUGUGAACAAGAUAGAUUGAAUUACAGUAAGAUCAUAUCAGACAGGUUUGUAUUUGUGCGUAUAAAUCUGUAGGUAAGCGGCACAGCCACUUGCCUUGAAGGGAUUAGCGUAACUGGGGCAGUCGACUCCAAAAAGAGUUUGUGUUACAAAGCCCAUGGUCGCUGUCACAACCCAGUGCAGUACCUUAUUGGACUGUAAAACUGUCUUGAAACAUGCUCUGUGAACCCCAAGAGUGAGAGGCAAGGAAGGAGCUAUGGCCUCUUGGGGCAGUGGUCCCGUGGAAAAAUGACCUCUCACGCCGGAAAAAAGAAAAAAGAAUGAUGUAGCAAAGUUUUCUAAUCCUGUGCUGGGCACUGAACUGAAACAUUACACUCGAGGACAAAAACACGGCUGCAAGGGGAACUUGCUGGCUAAGGCAGCUUAUAAUAUAAUAGUACCACCCAUAUGCAGUUAGACAUAAUUGGCAAACCCAUGACUCAAGACUCAAAUUGGCAGAUGACCAGGUCACCAGGUCAGCGAGCUGAAUGUAAAUCAGUGCAGUUGAAUCGGGCAAGUCAGGUAGGGGUGAGUUGGGCCGAGUCAAGGGCAAGUCGGGCCGUGUCGAGCUGAGUCAAGGGUGAGUCAGGGGUGAGUCAACCUGGGUUUUUUAGUGAUCUGGGCUGACUCUGGUUAUUCUCAAGUCAACCCGGUGAAUUUGCCAACUAUACAGCUAGAUAGAUUUAUGUAUAAUCAAUUGAUGUACAAGGCUGCAGCUAGAUUCAUGUCUAAUCAAUUGAUGAACAAGGCUGCCUGCGUGACAUGAGAAAGCAUUCAGAAAGAUGCAUGUCAUGAGUUAUCAUCUUUGUUUUUUCCCUCUUGGCAAGGAAGGAGGAAGGUGCCUACCUUUUGAGUGUGCAGUAGGCUUUCCGGCCUAUGAAUCGAAUAUUACUAGUCCCUGUUUUUUGGCCGUGGCUUCCCGUAAAACCGUAGAUGGUCCUCCUUCCUUGCCCACCCAAAGAGUCUCCCCAUCGCCUUCACAAUGAUACUUGUUUAACCUUUCUUAGACAUGUCCAAGCAGGCUACUUUUAAUCCUCAAUUCUUCACUUUAGGUUCAGGGGAAUGUGGUACUCGAGGAUGAAGGCCAAGGACUAUGAGUCCCCACUUCGAAUGGGCAAAGUUGCAGGUGCAGGCGGCCUCCAGUCACCAAACAGAGGACAGGUGCACAUGUUUCUAGCAAACUAAAACAUAAAACGACUUUAAGGGUCGUUUGGCUGGCGGCAGGAAAAAAUUUUGAGUUUCUUAUGAUUAUGUCCUAAGUAUUUGAGCAGAUUCAUGAAGCAUUAGUUCUAAUGUGUUUUAUGAAUCUGCCUCAAUUUUUUUUUGCAUAUUCAUGAGACGCUUAAAUAGUGUGGCUACUGUCAAAUGAUCUGCGGGUCCUUUGGCAACAAAAACAGUAUAAUAAUGUUUUAUAAAUAUGUUUAUAAGAUUAGAGUAAAUUUAUGAAACAAUGUGUUCUAGUAUUUCAUAAAUCUACUUUAAUCUUGGAGAUAGAUUCAUGAAACACUAUGUUAGUAUUCUUGGUGCCGUGCGCCCCUUAAAUUUUGCAAACAUGCAGCCAUCACCAUAAGGCAGAAGCUGGAGAGUCGGGAAGACCGACCUCCAAACUUUUAACAACGAAAGAGGCCGUGAUAAUCUACAAUAAGUGCCAGGAUGGUUUUCCUAAUGGUCGCUUACCUGUCUAAAUGAAGUUAAAUUAAAAGAAUUUUGAUUCCACUUCGUUUUGAAGAAUAAAUUCUGUUCACCUUUACCUCGUGUAUCUUGUUAAACAUGUUCCAUUCCACUACUGCUAUGUUGACCAGAAAGAAAAAAAAAAAAUUGCGCCAAGAAGCGAAUGACUACAAAUUAAACCACUUGUAAAACUGGCCAGAAAACUGUGGAUGCACGUUGCUUUUUAAAUUUUAACAGGCUGGCCGGAAAGUUUCUUUUUCCAUAAAGUGAUUGUGCUGGAUGCUGGCUUUUAUAGUUGGGCUCAUUUCUUCUCCCUUUCCAAGAUGCUUAACAUAUUGAUUAACACACAUUAAACAAAUGAAAGAGGAGGUUAUGUGUCAGAAAGGCAUUCACCGACGUUGCUAAGCAUAUAAAUUAACAGACACCAAGCAAAUGAAAGAAGAUGUCAUGCAUGUAUUAGAAAGGCAUCCACCGCCUUCCGCUCAACUGCUUUGAAUCCUUACCUUUAUUCCUCAAUCUGGAAUCAGGUGCACCACAAACAUCUAUAAAUUAUGUUUCCACCCUUCUUCGAAUCCCAUCUCAGUUUUUAUCACCUUAACAAUCAACUACAGGACGCCUUUCCUUUUCAUCUCAAGUCAGAAAUGGCAAGACUCUCUUUCUUUUCUCAUUUUAGGAGCAUGAAGCCCUUCUCCAGGAAGUCUUCCAGGCAAAAUGGCACGAUUUCUGGUGCCACUAAGCUGUUUCAAUCUAACAAUGAGGAAAUGAGGCGAGUCUUCGCAAAAUUUGAUGCCAACAAAGAUGGGAAACUAUCUGCAGAGGAGCUUGGGCGUGUGCUCAAAGCUCUUGGGAGGGACAACUCACAGGCAGAGGUGAUGAGCAUGAUGAGGGUUGCAGACACAGAUAAUGAUGGGUUCAUUGAUUUCAAUGAAUUCAUGGCGGUGGUUGGGAAGGGGGGUGGGGUGAAGGAGAGUGAUAUGCAGAGUGCAUUCCAUGUGUUUGAUGUGGAUGGGGAUGGGAAGAUCAGUGGGGAGGAGGUGUUCCAGGUUCUGAAGAGGCUUGGGGAGAGAUGCAGCUUGGAGGAAUGUAAGAGGAUGGUGAAGGGUGUUGACAAAGAUGGGGAUGGCAAGGUUGAUAUUCAAGAAUUCAUGGUGAUGAUGACCAAGAACAUGGAGAUGGUUCACUAGAUGCAUGAUGCAUGUAUGUCAUGCAUAGUAUACGCACAGAUAAACUCGAUGAACUUGUACUGAUGUCAAGUCCAUUACGUGAUCUUAUAGGAAUUAUAAUUAUCUUUCAUCUUCAAUGGAACUCUGGCUUCAAAUUUGUACUUUACGGAUAUGGCCAACGUGAAAAAGAAUGCAUAAUCGGUUGUAUUUUCUUUUAUAUUAAUCCAAUUGAGAACGAGUACUGUUGACAGAAGGAAGCCAAAAA